CACACACACACACACACACACACACACACACACGCGCGCGCGCGCGCGCGCGCGCACAGAAAGAGAUUUCUAAAUGUCUCUCUACAAAGUGCUGUGAAUGGAGUAACGAGUAAUAAUAAUAAUGUUUAUAUAGGCGAAGGUACUACUAAAGGACUUUCUAUACGCACUAUGUAGUGCACUUUGAAUCCAAACCAAAGCCAUUUGGAAUUUAACCGUUAAUCGACACUGAUGGACUAUGUACAUGAAUUGAUCCCAGUGUUUGCAAACAUUGUUCUGUCGUUCUCAGCUCUGCCUGCUGCCUUUCACCUGUUCAGGGACCACCGAGCUCCAUCAGUGGGUUUUUUCCUCAUCGCGUGCUCUUCAUUUCUGGCUAUUAUCCCUCUGCCCCCAGCUUUGUCUCAGGUCCAGAGCGAUCUAGAAUGGGCAAGCGAGGUCCUUGGCCCUUCCCUGUCUGCCUUUGGGUUUUUAUGGCUUAGUGAAGAUCGUUGGACCGCCCAUGUACUACUGAUUGGUUCAUCACUUCUUCCAAUGUUCUCCGGUUGGCUCUCGGAGGACUGCUUGAUGAUCAUGACACGCUGUGUGUCAUUGUCAGCACUGUCGUGUGCUCUUACAGUAUGUCUGUUUGCUGCCAGUUGGACUGGUGUGGUGGGCGGCCUGGCCCUCAGCCUUCCUGCUCUUGUUGCCCCCAGGGUUAGAGUCAGCAGUGUGGUCUCUCUGAUAUCUUCACAGGGAGCCAGUGGGCUGUUGGGGUGGAGUCUGAAAGUCUCCAUGGCUGUCGGGUGCUGGACAACAAAGACAGCUUUAGAUACAUUUCUUAAGGAUCUGAAGGGCUGGGACAAAACACUGUUUCCACUGGGUACUUCAGUUUCCUCUCCAGGUCCAAAGACAAGCAUUGUAGGUAUGGCAGAGACUCCAGGUUCUCUGCAACCCAGUAGCAGAAGCGGUGUAGAGAAUCUAGCCAACUCUUUAACAAUCUAAUACUCACACACGGUUGGCUGCUCAUCCUGUCUGUCACUCUGAAGUUUUACUGCUUUAAUGAGUGAUAAUUUGAUGUAUCAUCUGGUCUCUCUGUACAACUUUCCUGCUUAUUCCUCCCCCUCACACAGCACCGCAAAUGACCAUUACAGGAUUGACCUUAUUAGAACAUGUUUUUCUUAACAAACAUAAAGUGUAAAUAGCUUUAAGUAAAAAAAGCCUGAGGACUGUUUUGUUCUGUCUGACCUGCAAUUAUCGAUGUAUUAAAGUGCUUAAGAUCGAGCUGCUAAUGUUAACAAUCGUAAAGGAAUUUGUAACAUUUUCUCAAAUAAAUAAAUGAAGUAUUUAUCUCUG